CAAUCAUCGAGCAGUUUGGAAAAUCAGAAAAAGAAACGUAAACAGCAAUCAAAAGUUCGGGAGGAGGCAAAAAGGAAACAAAAUGAAAGUAUUAUGGCUAAGUAUACUAUAAUAAUAUGGAAAGCAGAGAAGUCAUCGACGAAUCUGAAGACGACAGUUUAGAAAGAAGCGAUACUGUUCUACUGUCAUCAAAUUCUGGAAGUUUUUUAGCAGAUAAUUCUGAGCUUGAACAUGGCAAUUCGGGAUCUUCGCAAAUUGUCGAUUUAAAAGAAGAUAGUAGCAAUGAUUCUCAUGACUCUGCAGCUUCUAGGAAUUCUCGGUCUUGUACAAACACUGGAGUUGAUAAAAAUGCUAGGCGUUCGGAAAAUAAUAAUGAAAACAGUCUUAGGGCAGAAGACCAUCACAGACCUGAACGUAAUGGACCUGCCAGAAAUUCUAGACCUUCUAUACAAGUUGCAGGAAACCGUCCUAGGGCUGUAGACUAGCAUAGAGCUUCUAUACAAGUUGCAGGAAACCGUCCUAGGGCUGUUGACCAGCAUAGAGCUUCUAUACAAGUUGCAGGGAACCGUCCUAGGGCUGUAGACCAGCAUAGAGCUGAACCUAUACAAGUUGCAGGAAACCGUCCUAGGGCUGUAGACCAGCAUAGAGCUGAACGUAAUCCACUAGUUGAAAAUAUUGAACCAAACGGACAAGUUGCAGGAGAUCAACAAAGGGCUCUAGAUCAUCGUCGACCUGAAUAUUAUGAUCCAGCUGGAAAUCCUCGACCUUUUGAAAAUCAUGGAACUAAUAGAAAUUUUGCAGGGAAUCGCAACGUUAAUGAAAAUGAUUGGGUAUAUCUUCGAGAAGACAGAAAAGUACAUCUCGAUGUAUGGGAGUCAAUGAAGACCCGCUCAGAUUCAAAGUUUGUGCGAGAUGUAGCGGAAGUAUUAUGGAGUAGAGAAGAACUGAGACAACGCUGCUUAAGUGCUGAAAGAGCCAAUAUGAAUAGAGUUGAAGGAGAAGAAAUGAGAAGACCAUUGACUCCUGCAACUUAUAAGAUUUUAAAAAACUGUCUAUACAACAAAAUCACGGAGUCGGGAGUGACUGGAAGACAACGGCAAUUAAGAAUGAAGAAGAUUCCAACUUACAUGAAAAACAAG